UGCUCAGGAGCCAGAGCGCGUCCCGGCCCCCGAGCGCCCGCAUCCCGCGGCCGCAUCUCCCGCGCGCCCCGACACCCCCCGGCCGGGCAAGCAGCGGCGCCCCCCCAGCCCUUCUCGCGCCGCCCGUCUAUGCGUCUUGCUGGGGCUCCUGCUCUCUCCCUGCGCCGGCGGGAGACCAUGGCCAUCCGCCAGCUCCGGCGCGGCCACCACCUGCUGUUCGUGGCCAUCCUGGCGCUGGCCUUGGUGGUCAUCUUCCUGCUGUUCUACGCGCUGCUCUGGCAGGCCGGCAACCUCACGGACCUGCCCAGCCUGAGGAUCGGCUUCUACAACUUCUGCCUGUGGAACGAGCAGGCCGACUCCCUGCAGUGCUUCCAGUUCCCUGAGCUGGAGGCCCUGGGCGUGCCCCGCCUGGGCCUGGGCCUGGCCCGCCUGGGCGUCUACGGGGCCCUGGUGCUCACCCUCUUCGUCCCCCUGCCGCUGCUGCUGGCCUGGUGCCACCGGAACGAGGGCGAGUGGCAGCUGGCCGUGGGCUUCCUGACCGUGGCCUCGGUGCUGCUGGCCAGCGGCCUGGGUCUCUUCUUCACCUGCGUGUGGCGCUGGGUGCAGCUGUCCCUCCUGGGCCCCGGCUUCCUGGCGCUGGGCCUCGCCCAGGCCUUCCUCCUCCUCCUGCUGAUGGCCACGGUCACCUUCCUGCCCAGGGCGGAGAAAGGCCACAGGCCGCUGGAGAGCUGCUAGCCCCGACUAAAGGCUCGUCUGGCUACCAGGGCUCCGCCUGAACUCUACUUGGAGAAGGCGCCGGAGGAUGGGCCUCCCCACCCCCCCCCGAGGUGGGACACCUUCCCAGUCCCGCUCCCCCACCUCGUUUUAGACCCUGGGGGACCCUCCAGAAGGGGCGCUGGGGGGGCCAGGAGUCUGAGCCCUGGAGAGUCUGUUGCUGGGACCAGCCAUCCUGGGAGCACGAAACUUGGUGUCAGGGGAUUUUCCCAUCUGAGCUCACGUCUAAGCAAGUUCAUCUCGGCACAGCGAGGGGGGAGGAGCCCCCGCCAUACCCCCAGCUCUGGCGGCACAACAAGGGACCUCGUGAGAGCAUCCCAGAGUCCUCCACAUUGGUGGGGACGAGGUGGGCUCUGUGUGUGUGUGUGUGUGUGUGUGACAAACCCUGAUUCCCACACACCACCACGGCCAGAGACCCAGGAAAGGCUCCAGGAAGCGGAAACCUGAGCGUGUGGGCAUGGACAGAGAGACACGGGGGGUGGGACUCUAAAACGCCAGCCACACCCCCUUGGGAAAUGCCGACCCUCUGUACACACACACACACACACACACACACACACACACCACGCCCAGCCAGGUUGGGAGAGGAAGGGGACCAGGAUGCGAUGGCUUGGCCCGCAGGGGGGCGCGGGGGAGGCCACACUGACCACAUUGGCCCUGGGGGGACUUGGAGGAAGAUUGUACUUGCUGGCUCCUGUGGACAGGAUGACCACCCGCACGCCCAGGAGUGGCUGCCCGGGUCCCCGUGUGUCAGAGGCACAGCUGAGCGCAGUGUGACCUCACGUCCCCGGCCUCCCC